UUUCUAACGAGGACAUGCUGACCAAAGAAAACUGUCAAGCAGCAUGUUGAACAUUUGAUUGAAACAGCGAGCCGUGUUUCUCGCGCUGGUCAGUGUAGUUCCAUGGUUUAAUUAAAACCUAGCAAGUCACUGACCUACACAAAUCAACAUGAAAGAUGAAACAAUGGAACUGGAAAGUUCCAGCAGUAGCCUCGUGUUCAGCCGAAAGCGUAGUAAGGGAUUAAAGCAUUGGGUCACACUGUUCCUCGUGGCUGGACCUAGUUUGGCUAUUGGCCUGUUGGUUGGUAAGUUUGCCAUUGGUGAUGAGAAGGUCGUGUCUACAAAAUAUGUUGCUGAAGAAGUCACAGGCUUCAAAGAAAAAGUUGAGGACAGUUCUAUUUCUCAGCUCAUUAUGGACGCCAUAGACCCAAAGAGAAUUGGAGAAAAUGUAAGACUGUUGAGCAGCAAGCCUCACCUAGCUGGACACCAAUACGACUUCGAGCUGGUGAGCCUAAUGCAGAAACACUUCCAGGAUCACGGGCUGCGCGUGCAGACCACGCCCUAUGACGUACUGCUGUCCUAUCCUAGCGAAACCACGCGCAACAGUGUCCGCGUGCUGGACGAAGCUGGUCAGUUGGUCUACGACUCCAAGACAGACGAGGUGGAUGUAUCACACAUUGAGGGCGCAGUCCCAGGGUACAAUGCGUUCGCACCGCAAGGUCUUGUAGAGGGAGAGAUUGUUUACGUUGGAUACGGCCGCCAUAUUGAGUACGACUACCUGCUAAGUAUUGGCGUGAACGUAACUGGCAAACUAGUGUUAGUGAAAUAUGGCAAACUGUUCCGAGGGUCAAAGGUAGCCAUCGCUGAAUCGUACGGAGCCAUAGGCGUCAUCAUUUAUUCAGAUCCCAUCGACCACACAGGCAUCAAAAGUGGCGACACAAGGGUGUAUCCAGAGACCUGGUGGCUGCCUUCUGACGGCGUUCAAAGAGGAACUUUGGUGUCAACAAUCGGGGAUGUUUUAACACCUGGGUACCCCUCGAACAAUGUGGCUUACCGGCAACUUGUGACAGAAGCAAAACCAACAUUACCUAAGAUUCCGGCACAUCCGAUCAGCUAUGGGGCUGCCUAUAAUAUUUUCAGGUACAUGGCCGGUUCUCCAGCUCCCAGAAACUGGACAGGUGGACUUAACAUUACAUACAGACUUGGGCCAGGUUUUACCCAACAAGGCUACAAAGUUCAAUUGAAUGUCACUAACCGCUAUAAAAGAGUAAAGGUUGAGAAUGUGUUCGGCAUCAUCCAGGGAGACGUGGAAACAGACAGGUAUGUGUUGUUUGGAAAUCAUCGGGAUGCCUGGUUAUAUGGUGCAACUGAUCCUGUGAGUGGGACAGCCGUCUUGAUGGAGAUUGCAAGAGUGAUGGGAGAUCUGGUCACAUCUGGUCGUUGGAAGCCAAGGAGAUCGAUCAUGUUCUGUAACUGGGGAGCUGAAGAAUUUGGUCUUGUCGGAUCCACAGAAUGGGUUGAGAACUACGUGGCGACGUUACGUGAGCGGGUUGUUGGCUAUAUCAACGUUGACUCUGCGGUCUCAGGUAAUCACACCCUGAAAGUGGCCUCUACCCCCCUGUUCCACAAUGUCAUCUAUCAAGCCAGCCUAAAGGUCCCGAACCCAAACCCAUUAGAGGUGCAGGCUGGUAGAACGACUGUCUACGACACUUGGCUCAAUGUUACCCCGUACUCUGAUGACCUGUUUCAGAGGAAUCCUGUACCACGAAUUUCAUCCCUUGGUUCCGGAAGUGACUACGUCGCGCUACUACAGAUCGCUGGAAUUACGUCCGUGGAUUUGACAUACACUUACAGCACGGACAUUUACAACAUCUCCUACCCGCCUCUUUAUCACACUGAGUACGAGAGGUUUGACUCCAUACAGCCUCACUUUGACCGUGACUUCCAGUUUCACGCAGCACUAGCCAGAGUGGUCAGCGAGAUGACCAGGUCAUUGUCAGACUCGUUGGUGCUGCCUUUCAGUGUCAGAAACUACGCCGAUGGCUUAGAAAAACUCAGACAGAACCUCCACAUCGACUACGGCCUACAGCUGAAAGAGAAGGUAGCCACGUACGAUCUCUUGAAAGAUGUGGUGGAAAACUUCACAAGAGAUGCGCUGGAGUUCGAGACUCAGCUGCUGAAAGUAGAUACAACAAAUCCGUACGCACUACGAAGUUUGAAUGACAGAAUCAUGUUGCUAGAGCGGGCUUUCCUCAGCACAGAAGGCUUACCGAGGAGACCAAUGAAGAAACAUGUUCUGUUUGCUGAGAACUCGUAUGACAUCUACACCGGAAGUAGUUUCCCAGGCCUUGUUGAUCUGCUGUUCAAGAUAGAACAUAACCCUGAGCGAUGGGAGCAAGUCAGGCGCCAUUUCUCCGCUAUUUUAUUCACCAUCCAAUCUGCUGGCGCCACGUUGCGUGAUGUCACUGGUUUUAUGUCCGAAACACUUUAAUCUGCAGUAGUUGUUCAGUUUUGUUGUAUUUUGUUUCUUUAUGUAAUUAUUGUUAUUUUUGAUUUUGUGUUUUGUGUUUUGUAAUGGUAUUGGUGAAAGUGUAAAUAAAUGUAUUGGUUAUGUUGAGUGUAGAAUUUCAAUACAGUUUUCAUUACUGACUUGUUGUAUAUUUCAAUAAAGUUUUCAUUAAGAGUUUCUGGCUAGACAAAA